AUGAUUGUUCUUGGCGUGGUCUUCUUGACUGUGGCAGCAGCAGCUCUGCCUCCUCCAUCUCCUUACCUCGGCUUCCACCAAUACGCGGCCCAGGAGACCGCUGUUGCAAAUCUCACGGAGGACUCAUUGACAGUCGAUUUGGGAUAUGGUAUCUACAGAGGGUGGACCAACGAAUCGGCGUCUCUCAAUAUCUGGCAAGGCAUACGGUUCGCACAAGAUACAGGUGGCAAGAAUCGAUGGCAGCCACCGCGUGCACCCUUCGUGAACCGCUCUGCCGUCAUCCAGGCGGACGCGUAUGGCGCCCAGUGCCCCCAGAGCCCGGAUAACUCGGGCUCCUUUACGACUGCGAACAACUCUGCCAGCAGCGAGGACUGUCUUUUCAUCAAUGUUUAUGCGCCGAACAACAUCACGACUUAUGGGAACAACACCUUGGCGAGCCCCGGGAUGCCAGUCAUGGUCUGGAUUCAUGGCGGUGGCUAUGGCGAGGGCAAUGGCGCAUAUGACCUCACUGCGCUGAUCAGCACCAACGGAGGCCAUGGCAACCAUUUUAUCGGUGUGGAUAUCCAGUACAGGCUCGGAGCGUUCGGAUUCCUCUCGUCGGAUGAGGUCUACAGGAAGGGCGUUGUCAAUGCUGGUCUGCUGGACCAACAGAUGGCGCUGCAGUGGGUGCAGCAGUACAUACACCUAUUCAACGGCGAUAAUACCAGAGUCACGAUCUUUGGAGAGAGUUCUGGUGGUGGCAGUGUCACGCUACACGAUCUCGCCUAUGGUGGAACAUUAGGAACACAGCUGUUUAGGAACUCUAUCUCAGCCAGUCCCUAUCUCGCAUUUCAAUAUGGCUAUAAGGACUGGCAACCAUCACAAGCAUACUACGCCUUCGCCGCCGCCGCAGGCUGUGACGCCAAGGACGCUUACCUAUCAAACGGCUCGCUCGGCAUCUUUGACUGCCUCGUCGGCACAGAUUCCGCCACGCUUAUGAAUGCCAGCGCCGUCGUGUCUCAGAGCGGCACCUAUGGCACCUGGGCCUUUUUGCCAGUGACGGACGGCGUCCUCAUCCAGGAGCGCCCUAGCAAGCAGCUCGCCAGAGGCCGUGUAAACGGGCUGAACCAUUUGGCCGGGAACAACGCGCUCGAGGGGGCUGCCUGGGUACCGACCAAUAUCGACACCGUCGACGACCUCGUCGCAUACCUCCAGGAUGUGUUUCCCAUGUUCUCGAACAACGACAUCGCCAAGAUUCUGCGGUACUAUCCUGCAAACAACGCCUCUACCAACCCUAGUGCGCUAAAGUUUGCUACCGAGGGUAGUUAUGGGCCGACCAAUAUCAACGAGAGCACCGCCGCCACCGGCCAACAGGAGCGGGCCAUUGCUAUCUAUGGCGAAACCACAUUCAUAUGCCCCUCGUACUGGCUCGCCGAGGCAUACAGCGAUAAUGGUCUUGGAGGACAGGGCUACAAGUACCAGUGGUCUGUCCCCAACGCAUACCACGGUGCCGACGGUGCAGCAUACUUUUCGUGGCCUGAGACCAGCACAUAUUACAAUGCCGACCUUAUAUACGCCUUCAUGCUCAUGCUAGGCAACUUUAUUGUGAGCGACAGCCCAAGGACCAACAGCCUGGCACUAAACGGCCUCACCACAGGCAAUGCUACCUACAACCCGGUUAGCGACUGGCCACCGUAUACGAUCUACAACCCCACCCUCAUGGAUGUCAAUACUACCUGCACCUCCGGCGAGGAAUUCAGCGGGCUGUACUACUGCCGUGGGAAUAAUACCUUCCGUCUUGCUGAUGCCUAUGACUGGGAAGCAGGGCGAGGGUUUCGAUGCGACUUUUGGAGGUCAAUGGGCGAAUUGGUACCGGAGUGAAGUGCCAGAUGUGUGUAUGGAGAUAAUGUCAUAUGUGUCAGGGUGUAGUGAGCAGCAUGUAUUUGAGUGUCUGUGUGUGUGUGUGUGUAUCAAUCGAUCCAGAUGGACAAACAGCUUUGCAAUGACUGCAAUGACUGCACAAUGUAUCACCAGUAGGCACAAUGAUGAUUACAAUUUUAUGCGAUAC